UUUUUUGACGUUUACUGUUUAUGUGUAAAGUAAUUUAAAAUUUUUGAAGACAUAUGUUGAAUGAAUUUAAAAAAUGUCUACGGUAAAAGAACUGCAAGAUAAAAUAAAGGAAUUAGAGGAAAAAUUAGAAAAAAUUUCUCAGAAAAAUGUAGCCCGAAAGAAAAUAGACGAAAUGUCGUCGGAAGUCGUCGAUUCAAAUCCCUACAGUCGACUAAUGGCACUUAAACGCAUGGGUAUAGUAAAUAAUUACGAAAAGAUACGAGAUUACACCGUUGCUGUGGUGGGUAUAGGUGGAGUUGGAAGUGUUACCGCAGAAAUGCUCACAAGAUGUGGCAUCGGAAGACUCAUUUUAUUCGAUUACGAUAAGGUCGAAUUAGCAAAUAUGAACAGGCUGUUCUUCCAACCACAUCAAUCAGGACUCAGUAAAGUCGAUGCAGCAGCUGAAACUUUAAGAAACAUAAAUCCAGACGUAGACAUUCACACAUAUAAUUACAAUAUCACUACAGUUGAAAACUUCGAUAAAUUUACCGAGGUUUUAAGAUCGAGUAAUUUAACAGGGGGACCUGUGGAUCUAGUAUUAAGUUGUGUUGACAAUUUCGAAGCGAGAUUUGCUAUUAAUACAGCGUGCAAUGAAUUUAAUCUUACGUGGUUCGAAUCGGGAGUAUCAGAAAACGCUGUUUCGGGACAUAUACAGUUCAUAAUCCCCGGAGAAACGGCCUGCUUUGCUUGCGCUCCUCCGUUGAUAGUAGCCUCAAACAUCGACGAGAAAACGCUUAAAAGGGACGGCGUGUGUGCUGCUAGUCUUCCCACAACGAUGGGUAUCGUGGCGGGAUUUCUGGUUCAAAACACCUUGAAAUACUUGCUUCAAUUCGGCCAAGUUACCAACUAUUUAGGCUACAGCGCUCUGACCGAUUUUUUCCCAACAAUGACCCUUAAGCCUAAUCCCAGUUGCGACGACUCGAACUGCAGGUUGAGGCAGAAGGAGUUCGCUCUCAAGCCGAAGCCGGAAAUUGCCGUGGAAGCUAAGGAAGAAAAGCCGAUUCACGAUGAUAAUGAAUGGGGGAUAAGUUUGGUGGAUGAGAGCGAAGAUACGAAAGAGCAAGUUACUAUUUCCGAAGGUGUACAGCUGGCUUAUACUCUACCGAAUCAAACUGCUGUGGAGGAAUGCGAAGAAGCCACAGCUGAUGCUGAUGUUAGCUUAGACGAACUGAUGGCUCAAAUGAAAGCUAUAUAAAAUAUAUUAUUUAAUUGUUAUGAAUU